AAAGACGCGCGGAGUCGCUUCUCCCGGGCGCAGGGGAACCCCGCAGAAGGAUCCUUCAUCGCUUCGGCCUCUUUCGGCCGCUGCCCCCUCCCUGCCCGACCUCCAGGAACUAGGCGGCUCGCCAGUGUCCUUCUGACUGGCUGUCGCUUCAUGAGGGCCACUUGGACGGGAGAAUGGAGAAACUCAAUAAACUCACCGUGCCGGCGGGACAAAAACUCAGGCAACUUCAAAAAAUAGUGCAUGAUAUCAAGAAAAAUGAUAGUGGAAUAAUGAGCAAGUUCAAAAAGUUCCAAAAUGAACAAGUGGCCUUAAUAUGCAAAACUGGAAAAAAUACAUGGGAUCGGUUAACAAGUAAACCACCACCAAGCAUACCACCAGUUGAUUAUGUUCCAGACCGUACAGAAGAAGAGGAACAGUGGUCAGAUGACUUUGACAGCGAUUAUGAAAAUCCAGAUCACCACUCCGAUUCUGAGAUGUAUGUGGUUCCCACAGAAGAGAACUGUGAUGACAGUUAUGAGCCUCCUCCAAGUGAGCACGAGCCAAAGACAGUCCCAAUACCAUUCUCGUGUGCUCGGGGUGUAUAUGCAGAUGACAAACGAUCUAGCCAACAGAAGACUUGGCCCCCACCUAUUCCGCCAAACCAAUCUUCAUCUCUAUCAAAGAAACCAGCCACUUUACCCGUACCGCCAUCUGCUGUUCAGAAGCCCAGACUCCCACCCAAGCCAAUGGACAACGAGGCAGAUUAUGUUGUACCAGUUGAUGAUGAUGAUGAAGAUAAUUAUAUAGAACCCACAGAAGAAAGCACUUCACAACCUGUAAAACCACCUGUGGUGAACAGAUCGACCAAGCCUCCUUGUUCUGUACCAUCACCUUGCACACUAGAUGUAUAUGAAAUUCCUGAAGAAGAGAAGUCAUCACCUCCAUUACCCAGGAUAUCCAAGCCACUUCCUCCCAAGCCAGCUUUGAGACCAUCUGGAGGACAUUCUCAUGAACGCAACAUACCUAAAGAAUCAUUCACACCAGAUGCAUUGAAAGCAGACAGAAACAUUUUACCACUUCCAAGGCACCGCCCUUCACCGAAAGCUGAUCCAGAGGUCCUUGGAGUGCAAACUGAUGGAAAUAAUAGCAGCAAUGGUGCUGCAGAAUUUAAAAUUCCUUCUGUUAAUGUUCCAUCUCCAUUUCCCAGGAUCACAAAAAAGCAAAUGAAUCCUGCAAUACCGCUGAAACCAAGCUUACCUGAUAGAGACCACUUAAAUAUUGCUGAAGAUAAACCUAUACCUGCUGAACGCCGCCGGGGUUCCAGUCACGACAUGCCUCUUCCACCCAUCCCUUCUAGCAUUCAAAAGCCGUUACCUCAGAAGCCACCAAUCUUGUCAAGAUCUCCAGAACCUGCAAACCACAUCACACACCCUCGAAGUAAUAGCUCUCAAGGUGGUUCUACAAUAGCAGAACAGGAUGCUGACGUUCUUGGUCAAGCAUGGUACAUGGCUUCUAGUGAUCGGAAAAUAGCCGAGGAUGCAUUAUAUAAAUCAAACAAGAAUGGGUCUUUCUUAGUAAGGAAGAGUUCUGGACAAGAUUCUAAGCAACCAUAUACGCUAGUUGUAUUUUAUAACAAAAGAGUAUAUAACAUUCCAAUCCGAUUUAUUGAAUCUGAAAGGCAAUACGCUUUGGGUAGAGAAAAGACUGGUGAGGAGCACUUUGACAGUGUGACAGAAAUAAUAGAGAAUCAUCAGCGGACUUCUCUCGUUCUCAUUGAUAGUCAAAACAACACAAAAGACUCCACCAGGCUAAAAUAUAUUGCUAGAGUUUUGUAACUGCAUCAAGGAGCAUCACGAAAUCAUCUAGCCAAGGAUUUGAGCAUCUGAACAAACAUGCACAACUAUUGUUAGAAGAACUUUCUUCAGUUUUUUCCAGCAAGCACCAUGCUGAUAGUUACCAAGCUAGUGGAUUCGUUUAUGAAAUGCUGCUUCAAUCAUAAAGUGCCCAUGUGUGGUAUACCUUAAAAAAAACAUUACAAACUCUGGAGGCAAAAAAAUCUCAGUGGCAGACAAGAUGUAUUUAAAAUAUACCUGCUAGCUGUCUAUGGAGGAAAGUCUAGUUGCCUCCUGAACAAGGACCUUUGGGGUAUACCUGCUAGCAUACACAUGUCUUGUUAAACUUUGUAUUUUUCAAAGCUAGAGUAUCUGUAUUCCAAAGAACAAUUAUAUAACCAGCUAAAAGCAGGAUUUUUAUUCCUCUGACAACCAUCUAAAAUAAUCAGGAUGUUUAUUUAGUAUAACGGACUGGUACUUGUUUUACCUGUAUUUGUUGGAGCUAUUGUCAAAUUCUGAUAUAAGUGUACAUAUAUGAAAAUUAUAAUUUAUCAAGAUGCAGUUAUGAUCCAUAAAAAAUUAUAAUUCUUGCAUGGUAAAUACUUAACUAUUUCUUAGCUGUUACAUGCUUUUGCAAAAUGUUUCAGGACUGUAAAAUACUUUGGCCACAUGAAUGUAUCAAAUAAGUAUUCAGUGUUUGUUGGGGGGGGCGUGCAGGACUUUUUUUUCCCACUAGAUUCAUCAUGCAGUUGUGAUCUGCAUCCAGCAAGAUGUUAUUUUAUGACUCUUGGUAAAUUUUAAAUGAACAGUUAAAGCUUUAGAAUCUUAGGUGUACAUAUUAGCUUGGCUUCCAAUUAAUUUUAAUAAGGGCACUUGCUGCAUUCCAAAUUCUACCAUUUGUUUUUUUGUUGCAGUGGUUGUACAAUUGAUAAAAAAGACUAAAUGGU